CACACUCAAUUUUAAUAAUUUUAUCAUUAACGACGAGUAGUAAAUGAGAUGACUCUGUGAGGCCUCUUUCAAAACAAGUUCAACAAAAAGACUAAAGAGGAAAGAAGAAAAGGAGUUGGAACUUGGAAAUGUCAAACUCCGAUCACCAGAGCCACCCAUACCACCACCACUCGGACACGGAAGUCAUCGGAGCUGAUAGGAAGAUGUUCAGCGGCCCACUGAAUCAAAGGGCCGGCAAAAGGAGCGCCCGGCUCAACCUCGCCGGAGACUCUAGCUCGGCGGAGUUGGGGAUCCCGCCGGCCAAACCCUCAAAUGAGGACUCCUACGUAGAGAUCACCCUCGACGUCCGCGAGGACUCUGUUGCCGUCCACAGCGUCAAGACAGCCGCCGGCGCUGACGUGGAGGACCCGGAGCUUGCUCUGCUGGCAAGGGGCUUGGAGAAGAAGACCAACUUGGGAUCCUCCGUGGUUCGAAACGCUUCUUCUCGAAUACGGCAGGUGUCGCAAGAGCUGAAGCGUUUUGCUUCACUCACGACGCGGACCCAUCACGGCGCCGGCAGGAUUGACCGGAAUAAGUCCGCCGCUGCUCAGGCUCUGAAAGGGCUCAAGUUCAUCAGCAAGACGGACGGAGCCUCUGGCUGGGCCGCAGUCGAGAAGCGGUUUGACCAGCUAACUGCCUCCACUAGUGGGUUGCUCCCGCGGGCAAAGUUUGGUGAAUGCAUAGGUAUGAACAAGGAGUCAAAGGAAUUUGCUGACGAGCUAUUCGAUGCACUAGCUAGGAGGAGAAACAUAACCUUUGAUUCCAUCAACAAGAUACAGCUCCAAGAAUUCUGGGACCAAAUCUCUGAUCAGAGUUUCGACACCCGCCUUCAAACCUUCUUUGAUAUGGUUGACAAAGAUGCAGACGGGGCAAUCACUGAAGAAGAAGUCAGAGAGAUCAUAAGCCUAAGUGCUUCUGCAAACAAGCUGUCAAAUAUCCAAAAACAAGCAGAUGAAUACGCGGCCAUGAUUAUGGAGGAACUAGAUCCUAGCAACCUAGGAUACAUCAAGAUUGAGAAUUUGGAGAUGCUGUUAUUGCAAGCUCCAAGCCAGACAGUAAGGGGGCAUGAGAGCCGCAAUUUGAGCCAAAUGCUGAGCCAAAAACUGAAGCCGACGGUGGAGCUGAACCCUCUGAUCCGAUGGUACAGAGAUUUCAAGUACUUCCUGUUGGACAAUUGGCAGAGAGGUUGGGUGCUUCUACUGUGGAUCGGAGCCAUGGGUGGGCUGUUUGCUUGGAAAUACAUUCAGUAUAAGAACAAAGCUGCUUAUGAUGUUAUGGGUGCCUGUGUUUGUAUGGCUAAAGGUGCUGCCGAAACACUUAAGCUGAACAUGGCUAUCAUUCUUUUACCUGUCUGUAGAAACACCAUUACCUGGCUCAGAAACAAGACCAAGUUAGGCAUUGCGGUCCCUUUUGAUGACAACCUCAACUUUCAUAAAGUGAUAGCAGUGGCUGUUGCGAUUGGGGUAGGAAUACAUGCAAUAGCUCACUUGAUGUGUGACUUCCCUAGGCUUCUGCAUGCUAGCCGGGAAAAGUACGCUCCAAUGGAGCAGUUUUUUGGGCAUCAGCCACAAGACUACUGGUGGUUUGUGAAGGGAGUUGAAGGGGUGACAGGGAUUAUUAUAGUGGUGUUGAUGGCUAUAGCUUUCACCCUGGCUACUCCAUGGUUUAGAAGGAAUAGAGUGACCUUGCCAAAACCCUUUAACAAGAUUACUGGUUUCAAUGCCUUUUGGUAUUCCCACCAUCUCUUUGUGAUUGUCUAUGCUCUCCUCAUUGUCCAUGGUAUCAAGCUCUAUUUGACACAUAAGUGGUACAUGAAAACGACAUGGAUGUACUUGGCUAUUCCUGUGGUAGUUUAUGCUUCUGAAAGAUUGCUUAGGGCAUUGAGGUCUAGUGUUAAGCCUGUCAAGAUUCUCAAGGUGGCUGUCUAUCCUGGAAAUGUUUUAGCGCUUCAUAUGUCAAAGCCUCAGGGCUUCAGAUACAAAAGUGGUCAAUACAUGUUUGUCAACUGCUCUGCAGUUUCUCCUUUUGAAUGGCACCCCUUUUCAAUUACAUCUGCCCCAGGAGAUGACUAUGUUAGUGUCCACAUUAGAACGCUUGGUGAUUGGACAAGACAGCUCAAAACUGUUUUCUCAGAGGUAUGCCAGCCACCACCUAAUGGGAAAAGUGGACUCCUAAGAGCAGAUUUUCUGCAAGGGAAUAACAUUCCCAAUUUCCCGAAAGUGGAGAUUGAUGGACCGUAUGGAGCACCAGCACAAGACUACAAGAAAUAUGAUGUGGUUCUGCUAGUAGGCCUAGGAAUAGGAGCAACCCCAAUGAUCAGCAUCGUGAAGGACAUUGUGAACAACAUGCAGGCAAUGGAGGAAGAAGAGAGUGGGGUGGAGAAUGGGCAUGGAGUUGGCAGCAACAAUGGAGGAAGAAACUUUAAGACAAGAAAGGCAUACUUCUAUUGGGUAACGAGGGAGCAAGGGUCAUUUGACUGGUUCAAAGGGAUCAUGAAUGAAGUGGCUGAGAUGGACCAUAAGGGAGUCAUAGAGAUGCACAACUAUUGCACCAGUGUAUAUGAAGAAGGCGACGCGCGUUCCGCCCUCAUCACUAUGCUUCAGUCCCUCCACCAUGCCAAGAGUGGUGUCGACAUCGUUUCUGGGACGCACGUUAAGUCUCAUUUUGCCAAGCCUAACUGGCGCAACGUAUACAAACGUAUUACCCUCAAUCACACCAAUGGCAAAGUUGGGGUUUUCUAUUGUGGGGCACCAGCACUGACAAAAGAGCUAAGACAACUAGCCUUGGAUUUUUCUCGGAAGACAUCCACCAAGUUUGAUUUCCACAAAGAAAAUUUUUGACCUAGUAAUUACUAAAAAUUAAGAAUAGAUCGCACAACUACUACCAAUGUCUAGUGUACAGAGGCUCUCGAUUAUUGAAUUGAUAUCAGUUUUGCAUGAAGUUUGUAUCGACCGGAAUAUUUAAAAAAUGGCGUGCCAUAUGUUGACAGUUACACAGGUAGUGGAAUUUCUGUAAAUAUAUAAAUGUCUAAUCAUAUACUUCCCGAUCUUAGCUUGACAGUGAAAUUUUUUGUUUUGACUUUCU